CACAGCAACAACAAGUUUAAUUCUUGGCUGAUAUUAGCAAAAAUGCCAAACUCUAAUCGAGAUAUCUAACUUAACGAAAAUGUCAAAAAAUUCAAUGUUUGUGGGACGCGAGUAUUCAACGAACAUUCAAUAUUAUAGCUCUGUUUAUAAUGCUUCAACCAUAUUCGAUUUAAAACGUAAUGCUGAAGUAAAACAAUUGAUUAUAUUUAUUUCAGACACUGAAAGUCAAGUUCAGCAACAGAUUUACAACCAGAAUCAUGUGGGCUAUGCUCCACCUUCGACUACUCGAACUAUUAAGAAAAGAAAUACAGCUAACAAAAAGGAAAGGAGAAGAACACAAAGUAUAAACAAUGCCUUUUCCUAUCUGCGAGAAAAGAUUCCAAAUGUUCCGACGGAUACAAAACUAUCAAAGAUAAAAACGUUAAAAUUGGCCAUAUUGUACAUAAACUACUUAGUUAAUGUCCUUGAUGGUGAUCAGGACCCCAAAGGCGGUUUUCGGGCAGAGCUUAAGCCAAUUAACCGAAAGAUUUGCAGCGAAAAGAAGCAGCAAUGUCUGAAGAACGAAAUUCAAAAUGUUCCCAUAUCGGCAAAGGGCCGCACAGGAUGGCCACAAGAUGUUUGGGCGUCAGAACUUAUUCCAGAACAUAAUUAAAUAAUUAAAAAUUAUAUUUCAUAAUAUUUAUAUAUUAAUAAUUUACCUAUUUAAAAUAAAAUGCACCUUAAAUAAAACUUA